UUAAAAUAAAAAAUUCCGAGAGAGAGAGAGAGAGAGAGAGGAAGAAGGAAGGAGAGAAUCUGAAGAAGCUGAACCAUAACCGAAGCUCUCUAUUGAGAAGCCUCCCUCCUACACAGCGAGAGGGAGGUAAAAAAAUCCCUAACAACUUUCGUCUUCUUCCAUCUCUCGUCUCCGGCGGCGUAAAAAAAACACUCAAAAAAUCUCAAUCGGAGAGAAGAGAGGUAAUAAUAAUCAAAGCCGAUACGGAAGUUGUGACAAAACGAUGUCGAAGAAGAAAGUGGCUGGUAGCACCAUGACGCUUAAGGACUUCCAUGGCGGCUCUAUACCAUCUGAUCUCCCUCUCCCUUCUGCUCCUGGAGUGAUUCCGAAGAUUGCUACGGAUCGACCUGUUUUUGACAGAGCGCCUUGGGGAACUUCAGGCGGCAGACCUGAUCAGAGGACAAGGCCGAGUUCGUCUCAUACUAUUAGAACUUUCGAUGAUAAAUCACUGUUUCUGCCUCACACCGCAAACAUCGGACGCAAUUUCAACGAGGACGAACGGAAGCCUCUGGAUGGUCACUCCUCUCCUCGUAGAGUGUUCAGUGAUGAUAUUUUUCGGGUUUCCCGUCCGGAGGUGAAAACUGACUCGGUGUUAGCUGGGCGACAUGGUGGUUGGUCAGCAACGGCUGGUGCUUUCCCUGGGAAGGUUAAUGAUGUGACUCAUUCUGUGACUGGUAAUGUUUGGACUGGGAGGAAGGAGGUUUCAGUGGCUAACAAUGAUCCGGGACAGUCCCCAUGGACUACGCAACCAGCUGUUUCUAAUUUGGUCCAUUCAAGUGCGCUUGACCAACUGUCUUCAGGUAGAUGGCAGUCCAAGCUUUUGGUUCCGUCUCAGAUGGAUUUUGAUGUUGUUAAGCAUUCAGAGAUAGAGAGCAGAGGUUACAAGACUAAUAGCCCUGUGCUUAAUCAAGGGGUUGAGCCACAUGGGACAAAUAUAGAACAGGGCCGGGUCGCUGGAGAUGGGAUCCAAGGUGGUAAAAAAGUUUCCCCUGAGUUUGAAAAAAUCCCUGGUCCAACUAAUUUGGAUGUUAAGGAAGCGAGGAUUGCAUCAAACAGCAGCAAUAAGCCUCAUCCAAAUUAUUCUGACGUUAGGCCUGCUGGACAUUUGGUGCAAUCAACUGCCCCGUCUGAAGUCGUGGAACGACCUAAGCUGAACCUGCUGCCUCGCACAAAACCUCUUGAAAACAUUAUUGAGAAGCCUGUGAAUGAUGGAAAACUGGAAAAUGGUGCUUCAAAUCUUAUUCAACGUGAUACUGUUUAUGCAACACAGAAAAGUAUGAACAUUUCAAAACCUGGUUUGUCUGCGGAUGAGAUUCCUAACCAGCCGAUUGAGCGCCCCAAAUUAAAUUUGAAGCCCGUGGCACAGUUGCUUGAGCAGCCAGAAGUUAAAACUGAAAAGGAAAGAAGUGCGGUUUUUGGCGGUGCCAGACCACGAGAGCUGGUAUUGAAAGAGCGAGGCAUUGAUGAGAUCGAGCAUAACAAAUUGGAGCAACCGACAGACAUCAAAGGCCAAUGAGUUCUCCCCGUGACUUGAGAACAAGGAAGUUUGAGCAAAAGGACGGGAGAAAUGUGAGCGACAAUGCCAGAUCCGAAACUCAGAGGAGAAACUGGCGUGAAAAUGAAAACAAGAGCUCAAGACAGCAACAGCAGACUCAGGACAAGACAAGGCAUCCAUCACCAGAGACAUGGCGAAAACCGGUUCCCCAGAAACCGGAAUCAGUAGAUGGAACAGGGCUUCGUCAUGGGAAAGCUGCUUCUGCCCUUGAGCUAGCUCAAGCCUACUCUCCUUUCUCUGACUCUAAAUCCGGAAUUGGAAGCAGCAACAGUUUUAACACCAGCCGCAACAACCAAUCGCAGCAGCAACCGUUCUCUCGGUUGGUAGGAUCAACAACAACAUCAAGAAAGAUUAAUGGCUACUGAGUUAUUGUUCGUUUGUUCUUUGAUAUAUGGUUUUAGUUCCGACUAAUUUGAUCUUGAUUUCUCGAGCACAUCUAUUGUGGUAUGUGGGAUCGUUUUGAGAGAGAUUUAAAUAUGAUAUGUUCCCUUAAAGAACGGGUCGUAUUACAUAUGCCAAACAUGGUUACAUUGUGUUUCAUUCUUCUUUGGUUAUACAUUUUUUCUUAACCGUUC